GCUCCUCUCUCUCCCAAGAUGUCGGUGUUCCCCAUGUGUGUGCGGGCCAGCCGGGGCCUCUGGAGGCUCCGCAGCGGGGCGGCCGCCGCCUCCUCCUCCCCGGCUACAGUGGACAUCUUUCGGACACUCUCCACAGAGAAGCCGACAGUCGGACUCGCUCAGGCCAUCCUCCAGGAGAAGCUCCAGCAGCAACAGCAGAGCCAGGGUCAGCCUCCUCCUGAGUCGGGUGAAGGAGAGAAGGACGGAGGGGAGCAUUCGAAGGAGAACAAGAAGCAGAGGGAGAACACGGCGUACGCUAAGAAGAUGGUGCUGCGGCUGGCGGGGCUGAUGGGAGUCGGCGGGGCGGUCAGCCUCAUCUACGUGUUCGGCACCAACUCAGUAGACGAGCAAGGAAACCAGAUUGCAGAUGAGUUCGACAGAGACCCGCCUGUAAUCCAACAUUUGAGAAGAACCUUCAAAUACUUCCAGGACUACAGACAGAUGAUCAUCGAGCCAACGAGCCCGAAGCUGCUCCCCGACCCUCUGAAGGAGCCGUACUACCAGCCGCCUUACACGCUGGUGCUGGAGCUCACUGACGUCCUGCUGCACCCGGAGUGGUCGUUGGCGACAGGUUGGCGGUUUAAGAAGCGACCGGGCAUCGACUAUCUGUUCCAGCAGCUCGCACCUUUAUAUGAGAUAGUUAUCUUCACUGCUGAGACCGGCAUGCCAUCGCUCUGAGUGGUGUGGAUGACGUGCGUUCGGUGUUAGAGAACUACGCUCUGGAGGAGGAUCCAAUCGACGCCUUCAAACGCCGACAGCUCAGCUGGCGAAGGAGGAGGAGCAGCGUCUGGCAGAGCUCUCUCAGCAGAAGAAACAGGGACUCUCUCUCGGCUCCAUCACCUCUCGCUUCUGGCGCUCCAAACAGCAGUGAGCCCCGCCCCCCUUCUCACACGUCCACCAAUCGCAGCCCGGCAGGUCGGCUGCCCGUCGGAGGAGGGGGAGUGGGGGGAGGGAUUAGGGGGAGGGCCUGCAUACUGUAGCUGGGGCGCUCUCCAAAACGCCACGAAAACAACCAAUCAUGUCUCAGCGUGCAGGUCUGAGAGAGAGAGAAAGAGAGAGAGAGAGAGAGGCACUUCCUGGUAGUUUUUUUGGAGGCGGGGGUGUCAGUGCCCCCCCCCCCACCUCUCCCUCGGUGUCACCUGAUCCAAAUAAAGCUGCCUGAUUGUGUUUUUAAAAAAAAAAAAAAAGAGGAGGGAAAAAAAGCGGGGAGAGGAUCCAGGUCAGGUGUGAACUCUUCCUGAUGAUGAUCUGAGGAGCGGCGCCGCGGCCCGGUCGCAUCAUCACACACACACCACACACGUCGUUUCCUGUUCCUCUGUGUGUGUGUCUCAGACGGCGCCGCUGACGGCCCCCGAAAAAAAGGGACACCAUGUUCAAAUCAUGAGUAUUGUUUAUAUAUAUUAUAAUAAAGAAACACAGAGAAGAAAGAAGAAGAAGAAGAUGAUGAUGUAGUAUUAUUAUUUUAUAAGAGUUCAUUGAUUAUUUUGGAGCAGAGACCGAGAGAGAGAGAGA